GAGCGUCGAUCGAUCCGGCUCCAACUCCCGCCCUACGGCCCGGCCCGGCGGUUUGAUGCCGAACGUCGCGGACGCCGUCGCGGAGGCUGCGGCGGAGAUGGUCGCGGAGGAGAGCGCCGAUCGCAGGCGCGCCGAGGAGGCGGUGAGCGCUGCGGCGGCGGCGGUUGGCGGCGCGCAGCUCGCGGGGUCGUCGCUCGGCGUCGGGCAUCACGGGUUCACCAGGGAUUUCGGAUACCACCACGAGUACCAGGGCGCCGCGGGGCCCGCGGGCGGAGCGCCGGGGGGGUACGGACCGCCGAGGUACGUCCAGGGGUACCCGCAGGGGUUCGCCUACCACUCGUUCCCCCAACCCACGGCGCAUCCCCACGGGGCGCACCAAUCGAACCACCAGCGCAUGUCUGGCACGGGCCUCUGGCACGCGCCCCCCCCGUCCGUCGGUCCAGACGCGGACGUGCACGCCGCCGCACAGCUGUACGCGAAACAGCGGUCCGAUCGCGCGCCGCCGCCGCCGCUUCACGCGGAUCCCCAGUGGGUGAGGUACUCGACGAACAACGCGACAAACGCGGGCGCGGGUGGUCCCUCGCCGCCGGAGAGCAAGUGGAAAAACGUGACGAACGAUUCGUACGUGAAAAACGAAGAUGGGCUCGGGCUCGGCGCCGCCGCGCGGGCGCAGAGGGGGUUUAAGAGGGGCGGAUCCGGCGAUCGAGGCGCGCGGCGCAUGGUGCUCCGGCCCGACGGCGCGCUCGUGGAGACCACGGGGGUGGACGACGAGUCUCCAGAGACUCUCCAGGGACUCUCCAGAGACUCUCCAGAGUCGCCGGGGGAUUCCACCGACCCGGGCAUGUCGGUGCUCACCUCGCUCGCGGCGGCGCCGACGUGGAUGCCGUCCGCGUCCGAGGCUAACCUGCUCCAGCGGCUCAACGACGAGCUCAAGGAGACGCGGGAGAACUCGAACUCGCCGCGCGGGACGGACGGCGCCAUUCCCCGGAAAGGGUCCGACCCGAGGUUGGUGCUCGGAGAGAUGCGCAACCCGUCGCUGAGCCGGUUCAGCGAGAUGGAGCGGAGCGACUCGCUGUGCUCGCUGGGGGUGUACGACUCGCAGUUUUGGAGCUCGGUGCUGGACAACGGACCGGACGUGCUGGGGUCGGAUCCGGCGGCGUAGGAACAAGGAAGUCGACGCGAGUGCAUCGCACUCGGCGGGGAAGAGUUGAGAUUCUGUUUAGAGAAGAUUUAGAGAAGAGAUGCGCCAGCCGCGUGGUUCGGCACACGACCCGACACCGCAGGCACGCGGAGAUGUGUAGUCUAUCCUAUGAAUAACCCUUGUAACAGGGACGUGAGCUCGCCGUGAACC